AUGGCCCCGCCGAAGAAGAGAGUCAUUUUCCUGACAAACAGCGACUAUGGACAGGCUAACGUUGUUCUAUCCGUCGCCCAUGCUCUGGUUCAUAAGUCUCAGGAUGUCGAGGUUCACAUUGCAUCGCAGGCUCGUUUGAAGGGACCGACAUCCCGCCUAGUCAAACAGCUGACUGCGGACCUCGGCUCAGCGGCGGUGGACGCCGUCAAGUUUCACGAGGUGGCUGGUUUGUCACAUUUCGACUCUGUCGAUAGACCUGGAAACCCUACGAUGGAAACUUGGCUGGUGAACCCAAACUUCAGCAAUGUCACUCGCAAUAUGCUCAACAUUGCCGGCCUUGCUCUUCCGUGGAGCCCCGAAGAGUUCGUCGAGAUCUAUCGGGAUCUCGAGCGCAUUUGGAACGACGUUAAGCCAGAUGUCACAGUUGCAGAGGCAUUCUUCGCGCCGGCACUCACCUUUUGCAACCGCAUCAAGAUGAAUUGGAUUGUACUUGCUCCAAACACGAUCAAGGACUUUGCUCUGCCACUUCAGCCAAAGAUGGCAAUGCUGUGGAAGUAUCCUGUCAUAUGCUCGAGCUUGCCGUUCCCAGUCCCACUGCACCUCAUUCCUCUCAAUGUUUUCUACAACGUGGUGGCUGGCGUGACAGUUUCAACCAAUAAGCGGCACACCAGAGUCUCUGGGUAUCUGCAUAAGGUCAUUGGUCCGGACACUCAACUCUUGACGAUGAACCAACUUGGUUUGGUAAAGGCACCACCCGAGGGUCUUCGUCUUCUCGUGGCCAAUAGCCCAGACAUCGACUUCCCUUUCGAAGUGCUCCCGAAGUUCAUUACACCUUGCGGCCCCAUUACUCGCGCUGCUCCAGCAAUCUCAGAUACCACACAGGAUCCCGAAAUGGCAAGUUGGCUUAGUAGAGGCCCGACAGUGUACAUGAACCUAGGCACGCAUCACUUCUUUGACGUUCCAUUAGCCAAAGAAGUAGCCCUAGCAUUCCGUCGUCUAUUCGAUCUUGCCAAAUGUUCCGAGCCCUUGGGUCAGGGCAACUUGCAGGUUUUAUGGAAGAUGCCUCGGAAGACUUCAGACGGAGAUGAUACCGAUCCCUCAAGCACCGAGUUCCUGGGUCCUUGGAAGGAGAUCAAAUCUAUUCUGAGCCCAGAAAUGGACAACGACCAAAUCCGCAUCUUAGACUGGAUCAUCGCCGAGCCGAAGUCUGUCCUUGAGUCAGGAAACGUGGUCUUCACCGGCAUACCCCAGGUUGUUUUACCUGGGUGGGCAGAUUGCUACGACUUCGCUCAGCGUGCUGAGACUCUUGGCAUAGGGAAAUGGGCCAACCGUAAGGCGAAGCCAUACUGGAAGGGCGAUGAAUUUGGAGACUGUCUCCAGGGUGUUCUAUUUGGUCCCCAUGCCAAGAUGAUGCAGGCGCGGGCAAAGGAUCUGAGCAAGAGACAUCCUGAAGGCGCCGGUCGGUCGAAGGCAGCAGAGGAGAUUCUUGCGCUGCUGGAAGGGCCGGAGUUCGAGGCGUAA